CAACAAAUUAUUUGGACUUUUCGUUUUAGUAUUUGUGAUUUUCGUUAGCUUAUUGUACACUAAUAACUUGUCAAUUCCCUACAUUUCUACUCCCAAGGCAUAUUCAUCCCCUACUUUUUCUGCUGCUAACAACAAGAUGAGUCUUAAAUCUUAUAUUAUUACCUUGAAGGAAGACGUUUCCGACGUUGACUUCAAUUCCGUCAAGUCAUUGAUUGGUGACUUGGGUGGAGAAAUCACCAAUGAAUUCACCUUGAUUAAGGGUUUUGCUGCUAAGUUACCUGGAGAAGUCAGUGCUUUGACUAAGGAUGAUAGAAUUUUGCAUGUCGAAGAAGACAAGGAAGUUCACAUUGUCUAAGUUGGUUUUACUUUGCUCUUUAUAUAACUAAUACACAUGCUAGUUUUGUUUGACGGUGUUGCGUACUACGUGUAACUUUAAAAGUACUCGAGGAAAGCUUCUAGUAUCUCGUGGUAAUAGGCGUACUCGAGGAAUUUUUGUAGCGCCACUAGUAUAGUUUGCCCUCUGUAUUGUUGUUUGAUCUGAAAUUCUAUCUGUGGAAAUUCAUGGCUCUAGAAUACCACAUUGUUUAGUAAAUGUAUGUUUUCGGGUGGAAUUCAGGGAUGAUUAUU